CUCUGUCGCUGUUUCAUCCAGUGCCCCGCCAAUAUCUCCAAAACUCUCCGUGGUCAGGGAAUAGAGUGGUGCUAGAGAGAUGGAUGGCCGCAAUCUGCUGGGUGCUGCAGGAGCUGAUCGAGCGAGGCGGAACAAGGCCAAGAUCGUCAAGAUGGCGGUGCGCGCUGGCCAUGCUGCUGCUGCUGCUGCUCACGGCGGCGGCGGCGGUCUCCAUGGCGCCCGACGGCCCUGCCCGGCUCCACGCCUUGUUCUGCAGCAACCACUUCGUGAUGAUGUGCGUGCUCUCCCAGAUCAACCUGGCCUGUCUUUUCGCGAGGAAGGCCGCUCGGGCGCGGACGCUGGCGGCCCGGCGCUUCUACGCGGUGGGCGCCGCCGCGUGCUUCGUGGAGCUCGCGCUCAAGCCGUACAGGAUCCGUCUGCUGUGCCACGCGGCUGUGGAGGAUGAUGCCUAGGUGAGCUGCGCACUUCUGGAUUCGGCUGCCGAAGGAUUGAAGAUGGAUCAUUUUGGAGUCUGGAGAUGCGCCGUUUUGUUUAGUUCCUACUCUGCUACUCUAAGUUAGAAAUUUGGAAGGGCCUGUCAUAAUGGGUUUCAGUUUCAAUUUGCCAGUAUGCAUGUCCGUACUUGGGUACAAGUUUAACUUGCCAUUUUGUUGCUGUCUUGUUCCGUUGGGGUUUAGACUGCCUGUCUGUUUGUAGCAUGCAGCAGCUUUGGGGUCUAGACUGUCUGUAUGAACUUAGACCGGAUUUGAAUUUGUUUAGCAGAAGCCUUGAAGGUUGGAACCACUUUAUAUCAGUUCAUUUCAAUUGUAGCAUGUAUGCACAUGA